AUGCAGGACGCCUUUCUGAUGCCCGCCAGUCAGACUGGCGGUCGCCGGACCAGCGCGGACUAUCGACCCGGCAUAAAAAAGGCCCAGGGCCAUGUCCCUGCGUGCCUGGUCAAUGCCUCAGUAACGUACUGCAGCAAUGAUCGCAUUUAUGCAUUCGGGGGGUUUGACCAGUUUACCGAUGAAGUUUAUAACCACGUGCUCAGGCUGGACUUGGAGACUCUGCGUUGGGAACUCGUUGACAACUAUGGCGAUAUCCCCGGAGUUCGCAUGGGACACACGGCGACAUUAUACCAAGGGGAUAAAUUGAUUGUAUUUGGAGGCGAAAAUGAACAUCGGGAAUACCUUUCCGACGUCGUUAUCCUCGAUCUCAAUACCUUUACCUGGGCACUUCCCGAAAUUCGCGGGUCGAUCCCGCGCGGACGAGCCCGCCAUGCUGCUGUCAUUCAUGAAGAUAAGCUUUUUAUUGUGGGUGGAGUGACAGGCGUAGGAGGCGUGACAGGGGAGAAGAAUGUGAUCUUGGAUGAUUUGACUUACUUGGAUCUACAAACAUGGACCUGGUCUCGAACAUGGAGCUUCACUGCUCGCUUUGACCAUACAGCUUGGGUUUGGGGCACCCGGCUCUGGAUAUUUGGUGGAUUGGGUCCAAACAUGGAACGGACGACUGAUAUCUGGUGGCUCGACCUCAAGGGAUCUCCGUCGUUGGCUGGAAAUACCACUCCCCAAAGCACCCCUCACCAAAUGUCGCCCCGCUCCGGAAUAUACGCCGCCAACUCAGGCAGUGUGCAGGUACGCAAUUUGGGACGGCGCAAGCCCGUAGCGCCUGGUGCCAUAUCGUGUCUUAGGUUUGAUUCUGGUCCUCAUGUUCCCUCCCUCUUUUCUGGUACCCAUUUUCAUUCAUUUGCCUCUGGUGUCCUGCUUGACCUAAUCACACCCUCGGAGACCGUACGGUCGCAUGAUUGUAACCUGUCGGCUCUGGACCUGAACUCGCUACGUUGGCAACGGCUGGCCGAUGGCCAAGAGAUCUUCCGGCCUGGCUAUCGAUGGCACUACUGCACUAUCAAUAACACGGGGACCAAAGCAUGGCUCUUGGGGUGUAGUCUUGAUGUCGCGAAUGUCCCGGGAGGUAGCGACGAGAAUCAUAUGAGUGAAGUCCUGACUAUCGACCUGGAAAAGUAUGGUUUGCUAGGUAACGGCCUGUCGGCAGAACCUCCCGAACAAGGUGCACCUUGGCCGUCUGAUCAAAUGGGCUCUCAGGUUUCCGGGCUUGGAACUGAUCUAGCUGCUGUUUUUGACAACCCCCCUGAAUCCGGAAGUGGCACGGACUUUGUCAUCACUGCUAUUCGUGAUGAUCACUACGGGACUGUCUCGGAAGAUAUGUGCGAUACCCCGUCUGUUUCCCCAACCCAGGCCCAACCGACCUUUGUGGAACAGAACCCCUGGACUUCAGAGCCCAUCCAUGUCCAUCGUAUCAUUCUCCAGCUCAGGUGGCCGCAUUUCAAGCGCUUGUACUCCGCCCAGAUGGCUGAGUACCACACUAAGCGGAUGCACAUCCCCGAGCCUUACUCUGUCGUGCGCGCGUUUCUCUAUUACCUAUACACAGACAGUAUCGCUGGCCAUCCAGAAUAUUGCUCGAGUGUUAUUGACGUGGCGGGUAUGCUUGUCAUGGCCAAUAUUUAUGACAUGCCGAAGCUUCGCCUCCUGUGCGUCAAUAGGUUAGGCCAAGAGCUUGAUGUAGACAACGCGGCCAUUGUCUGGGAGCGUGCGGGCCGGACCAACGAGCACUGGCUGAUGCGCCGAGCAGCACAAUUUUGCAUGACAUACUGGGGUCGCGUGGUGCGGACAGACGGUUUCAAAUCCCUCAGCCACCAGAGUCUGAUUCAACUCUGUGAGGUGGUGGAUACAGAAGGUCGUGUUUUCGCAGGGCCUGAAUUGGAGAUGGUCACAUUCGGCGCAGAUGGUUCACAUGACCGAGACAAAAGCUCUCGAAUGCGGGUGGGAUCUACCACAGACGAGAUGUCUGAGCUUGAGGCGGACGACGAAGGGAUGGAGAUCUCAUGA